UUCUCAUGCGUGUGCAUGAGAUCAGCUGAGUUUGUGCUCCUCCCACCCGACAGUGAAUCUCACCGGACUGGAGUUCAAGAACACGGAAACAGCGCAGCAGACAUGGCAAUGCUCAAAACAGUCACUCAAACUGAUGUGAACGAUGCUGAAGAUAAUGAAUUCAUAUGUCCUGUGUGUUUGGAGAUAUUUAUCUGUCCGAUGACCACACAGUGCGGACAUACAUUCUGUGAGAGCUGCCUCCGGGAGUGCUUGCGGCCUCAGAAACCUGUGUGUGCAGUCUGCAGGUCUGAUCUGCACAAGUGGGAUAAAGCAGAGCGUUUACAAGACUUGAUGCAGAGAUCGGUCGGGAGGUGCAAAGGCUGUACAAAAGAUGUUCUUUUGUCUGACAUGAGAAGCCACACAGGAAUUUGCUCCAAAUAUCAAGACUAUAUCAAGGAUGGUAUGAAGUCCAUUUCAAAGACCCAGCCUUCCAUUGUCAGCUCAGUGCCGAACCGGCACACGUUCACCUGUCCCUUCUGUAAGCAGCAGAACCUGGACCAGGACGGGCUGGUGGAGCACUGCACCUCACGCCACGCACACGACCCGCGCCAAGUGGUGUGCCCGAUCUGUGCCUCCAUGCCCUGGGGCGACCCCAAUUACAGGAGCGCAGACUUCUUUCAGCACCUCAGGAUAAGACACGCUUUUUCUUACGACACGUUUGUGGAUUAUGCUACAGAUGAGCAAGCCAUGAUCCAGGAGGCUCUACAGCGCUCCAUGGUGGAGAACUGACGUGGACGUGACGCAACCAAAAACUACUGAUUGUGCUUAAAAAAGAAUCAACAAACUACAAGGAGAUUCAGGGCUAUUCGGAUAUAUUGUUAUACACACACAAAUUUUGGUGAUGCCAAAGUUUCCAUUGGUGUAAUAUUGAGGAUUUGCUUAUUCAAACU